AUGGGGCUCCUGCAGCGACUAGAGGUGUCCCACCAGCCAGGGCAGACUUAUGCGCAGAUGUUUCUGGAGAAUGAGGAUCUGCGGCCUGUGGAAGCAGAGAAGCGGACUUGGAGGGGAUGGAAUUUUGUCACCUUCUGGAUAGCCGAUAGCUUCAAUAUCAAUACAUGGAUGAUCGCCUCGUCCAUGAUCCAGCUGGGGCUAACCUGGUGGCAGGCAUGGAUAUGCGUCUGGGUCGGCUACCUCGCGGUGGCGCCCUUCAUUGCACUCAACGCACGUCCUGGCGCCAUCUUCCAUGUCACCUUCCCUGUGGUGGCGCGCACCAGUUUCGGCCUGUACGGCAGCCUGUGGUGCACCUUCAACCGUGGAGUGAUGGGUGAUAUCUGGUACGGGGUUCAAGCGAGUAUCGGGGGCCAGUGCGUGCUGGUGGCCCUGCGCGCGAUAUGGCCGUCGACGAACAAUAUACCGAACCAUCUACCCGAAUCGUCAGGAACCACGACGCGCGACUUCAUGUGCUUCUUCCUCUUCUGGCUCAUCAGCUUGCCGGCGAUCUGGUUUCCCAUCCACCAGAUCCGCCACCUCUUCACGCUCAAAGCCAUCGUCGCGCCCGUCGCCGGCAUCACCUUCUUCGUCUGGUGCAUAGUCAAAGCACAUGGCGUCGGGCCCAUCGUCAAGCAGCCCGCGACGAUCCAUGGCCCUGAGUUCUCCUGGGCCAUGGUGUCCAGCCUGAUGUCGUGCAUCAGUAAUAUGGCUACGCUGAUCACCAACGCCCCCGACUUCGCCUCGCGCGCCACGACGCCCUCCGCCGCGCUCUGGCCGCAGGUCUUCGCCGUCCCGCUCACCUUCUCCCUCGUCUCCUUCAUCGGCAUCAUCGUCGGCUCCUCGUCGCAGGCGAUCUACGGGGAGGCGAUCUGGUCGCCGAUUGAGCUGCUCGGGAGGUUUUUGGACGAUGGGCCGUCGAGGGGGCAGAGGUUUGGGAUCUGGUUCAUCGCGACGGCGUUCAUCAUCGCGCAGUUGGGGACGAACAUCUCGGCCAACUCCGUCAGCGCUGGGUGCGACUUGACGGCGCUGAUGCCGCGCUUCAUUAAUAUCCGCCGCGGGGGCUACAUCGCCGCCAUCGUCGGCAUAUGCAUCUGCCCGUGGAACCUCCUGAAGGAUAGCAACAGCUUCACGUCGUAUCUGUCCGCGUACUCGGUCUUCCUAAGCUCGAUCGCGGGGGUUAUGGUCACCGAAUACUAUCUCAUCCGCCGCGGCCAUUACAACCUCGCCGACCUUUACUCAAACCACAAGGACGGCUGGUACUACUACACCUACGGCGUCAACUUCCGCGCUUACGCGGCGUAUAUCGCGGGCAUCCUGAUCAAUGUGGUGGGCUUUGCGGGUGCUACUGGCCGCUCCGUCCCCGCCUCCGCCACGCACAUCUACGAGCUCUCCUUCUUCACCGGCUUCGGCGUCUCGUCCGUCAUCUACUACGCGCUCAACCUCGCGUUCCCCGUGCCUGGGAAAGCGAAGAGCUUCAGGGAGGUGGAUGUGUCGGGGGCGGUGGAUGAUGGGGCGAGCGAGAGUCACGACGCCAGCGUUGGACGCAAAGGCUCAAGCGUGGGCCAUGCCGACGAGGACCCAGACAAGAAGGACAGGGCGGAGACCGUGGUGUACGAGGCUGCAUAGCGCCACAGGGACUUGUGGCCCGGGCCUCGUGAUCAGGCAGCUCGCUGCCUACGAUAAAAAUCCGUCCUUUGCGGUGUACGAAGUUGUGAAUGGAACCAUUGUUCAAGCUC